GGCUGACGUUGAUUUAUGAUUGUCAUUUCAAACAGUACAUUUUUGUUUGCAAAACAUUUUUGGAGAUUGUAAUGCAUUUGUUGUGAAAAAUGAGUGAUUUUGCUAAUGCAACAGAGGCUGCAUCUCUAGCCGUCCAAUUUGACCAGACUGGACAGACGGAUAAAGCUGUGGAAUGCUAUCGGACGGCGGCUAGACUAUUGGAUAGGAUUCGUGAUCGUUUUCCUCCAGAAAAGCAAGAAGAUGUGAGGAGUAAAGUGCAGGAGUAUCUAGAACGGGCCACUUUCUUGUUAGAACAGCAAGAUAGAGCCCAGCAAGCAGAAUGUGAGCGAGCCAUGCAACAGUGUUACUUCCUCAUGCAACAAGCUCUGGAUGCGGAUGAAGCUAAUCUGAAAGAUAAUGCAUUAAAAUUAUACACACAAGCUGUGGAAUUAGCCGUUUCGGUCAAAUCAAGUGACCCUGAAGUGCAGACAAAGAUAAAAAACUUAGCCGGACAAGCACUUGACAGGGCAGAGGAGUUGAAAGGUAUAAAGCGGAUUGGUUCUCUUUCUAUCAAUGAACCAAGAAAACCAGUUGUAUCUCCAGUUAGACCUGUACUACAACGGGACCAAAGCAUACAUUUAAAAGUAAGCGGAAAACAAGCCACAUACUCUGAAGAAGAAAAAGAGGUUUUACGUACAACAUCGAAUAUAAAUAACAACUGUUUUCUACCAUUUAUGGAUGUGGAUUUGACAGAGAAGUUUCAAUAUGCUAUUCCGUUUGAGGAUAGAGCUAGUGAAUUGAAGUUGUCUUCUAAACAAGAGAGGGAGUUUGAUAGCUGGGUGAGACCGCACGAAAUCUGCGCUGACCCUAAAAUGGUUGUUGGGGAUCAUGUUGACUGUUUUAGUAUUAAGCAGACUAUAGUAUCAGACUGCUCAUUCGUGGCCUCUUUGGCAGUGAGUGCGUUGUAUGAAAGAAGGUUUAACAAGAAGAUCAUAACGUCUAUUAUUUACCCUAAAAAUAAGAGCAAGUCGCCCAUCUAUAAUCCCUUUGGAAAAUAUAUGGUUAAGCUACAUUUAAAUGGUGUACGGAGAAAGGUGAUUAUAGAUGACAGGUUACCGUAUAGUAGACAUGGGCGGCUCUUGUGUUCGUACUCGAGUAAUAAGAACGAGUUCUGGGUCUCUUUGCUGGAGAAAGCUUAUAUGAAAGUAAUGGGAGGCUAUGACUUUCCUGGCUCGAAUAGUAACAUAGAUCUCCACGCCUUAACAGGCUGGAUACCUGAGCGCGCAGCUAUAAGGAAUGGCGAGGCAGACUUCAACGCGGACGCCCUCUAUGAGAAGAUUAGGACGCGGCUGGAGAAAGGAGACGUCCUAGUGACCGUGGCUACUGGACCACUGUCUGAUGCUGAGGCAGAACGGACCGGACUGGUGGCUACCCAUGCUUACGCUGUACUUGAUGUUAGGUUGGCUAAUGGUGUAAAACUCCUAAAACUAAAGAACCCAUGGUCCCAUCUCCGUUGGCGGGGUAACUAUUCAGAGUUGGACCUUGCGCACUGGACGCCAUCUCUCCGUGGACUCCUGAACUACGAUCCCGAUAGUGCUGCGCAGUAUGAUAAUGGCGUGUUCUGGAUAGAUUACGCCAGUAUACUAAACUUCUUUGAUGUUUUCUACCUCAAUUGGAACCCUGAAAUGUUCCAGUACACUUAUUGUAUACAUCAAAAAUGGGACGCCGGUACAGGUCCAGCGAAGGACGCCUACAACAUCGGCGAGAACCCACAGUUUUCUCUACACGUGCAAGGAAAGGGCGCCGUCUGGUUACUGCUCACCCGACAUAUCACACAGAUUGAUGAUUUCAGAGACAACAAGGAGUAUAUCACGCUUUUGGUGUAUAAAAACGGGAGGAGAGUUUAUUAUCCUUACGAUCCUGAACCUUAUAAAGACGGCAUAAGGAUCAACAGUCCGCACUACCUCUGCGAACUGAUCAUCGGCGAAGGCAGUGCUGACAAAUACACGCUAGUUGUGUCUCAGUACGAAAAGAGUAAAACUAUAUUCUAUACUCUGCGUGCGUACGCGACCUGUCCGUUCACAUUGAGCAAAUUGGAACCUUAUCCGUAUAAAAAGACUCUCAAAGGAGAAUGGACACCUCGUACAGCGGGUGGUUGUGAGAACCACCGCGCUACAUAUCCCAACAACCCGAAAUUCAUCAUCACGGUCCCUGACUCCAGAACUCCUUGUCACAUAGUCGUGGAACUAAAAGGACCCAAACAAUACCAAAUGGGAGUCGACGUACGAGUCGAGUCCUUAGAUGAUCCCAACGUCACUGCACCGUUCUUAAAGGAGUCUUCUGGACCUUAUAGGGCUGGUUUUGUAGUCCUAGAACUACGCAGUUUGCCGGCAGGCCGGUACAUUCUGACUCCAUCCACGUUCUACCCAGGACAAGAGGGGCCAUUCUUCCUAGAACUACGGUCCACCUGUCCAAUCACAUGCGAGGGACGUAACUAGCGAGCGAGCAGGGCGAAAGAAGACGAUUACAGGUUUUAAUAUGGCUUUUAUAUCGAUUAAUUUUAAUGAAUUUCAAUGUUUUCAAACAGAUUAAGUGCGAUGUCGAUUUUAAUCGAUUAAAUCGGGUAUAGAUUUUAAUCGAUUAAAGUUAAAUAUCGAUUUAAAUUGUUCAGAGUUUGAUACUACUCUGAACUGAUUGGUGAAUUUAAUUUGAUAUUAAAAUAAACUUUCAUUUAGUGGCGAUUUAAACACAAUAUAGUCUAGAAAAUCAACUAAGAUUUGCAAUGACAAUAGAGUCGAAAAUCAAUUGAAAACCAUAUCGUAUGAAUAAAAAAUAUAAUUAGGAAAAGCGACUCAGAAAUUUAAUUCUAGUCUUUAGUAUUUGCUUUUUUAAAAACAACUAAAUAUGUAAUCGAUAUUUGAGCCGUAUUUUUUUUUAAAUUGUAAAUAUACGUUUUUAUAACGGAGUGUUCAUCGCAAUAAUUAUUUGUUACAUUUAGAUCAUAAUAUAGUAACUAAAAUGCUUUAAAUAGAAUGUUGCUUAAUGAAAUGCAAGUUUAUUCAUGUUUUAAAUACAUAUAAGGGACGAAAGAUGACUAUGAGUUAUAGCUACAAUUAAAGACUUUUUUACAAUGUCUUAAUGGAUACUUUCCGUGUUCAAAAAUACAAUAAAAUAAUAAAAAAUAAUCAGCCGUUAAUUUAAAAUAAAUAAAUGAUUUUACGACAUAUAAGUAUACGCUAAAAAGUAUUACGUCACAAUACACAAUCUCGUACAAAAGUCAUAGAAAACAGUCAUUUUUGACAAUUCGAAUAUUAUUAUAUAGCAUUGAAUUUGACUAGUUGUCAAGUAGCCAAUUAGUCCUGAGGC